AUGUGUGCCCGUACUAGCCCGUACAGGUACCCUUUUAACACCCUCUCGUGCAUCCUAUGCUUGUUGCGCAAGAUGGAUCGGGGCUCGUCCAUUUAUCUGUGUUCUUUGGAAGUAAUUAACUCUGUGUCUAGUCACAGCAGUAAUGCACCGGUUUAUCACUACUAGUCAUCAUUGAGAAAAAGAGAACUAUUUCAUACCAUACGCCUCCGAAGCAUACUCUUUCGUGUU